AUGAAUGAAUUAGAGACGGUGUUGACAUUCACAGGGGUGGAUCCGAGUGCAUCGGACAUUGAUGGGAUGCCUUACACGAGCCUGCUGUACGGAACGGGGCCCGGGUACGGGAGAGAGAACCUCACGGAGAAGAACACUCGGGAGCCGAAUUACAUUCAACAGAGCGCCGUCCCGCGACGAUGGUCCACUCACACGGGCGAGGACGUCCCCGUUUAUGCCCAAGGACCCAUGUCCCACCUCUUCCGGGGAACUCUCGACCAGACCUACAUUCCUCACGCCGUCGCGUAUGCCAUGUGCAUUGGCGACGGCCUCGGCCAGCCCCGAUGUCAACACCAAGGCCGCGUCCAAGCCACCAUCCAUCCCAAGAAUGCUGCUGCCAUCCACUGCUUCCUCGCUCCUACUCUCCUCCUUGCUCAUUUGGACAAGAGGGAAUCGGAUGACUUUGAGUUGAUUCCCAUAAUCACAGACAAUGUGAUGAUCAUCGACAAGAAGGAGUUGCUUCACUCGGGUGCUUUCAUCGGCAUCACCAAGUCGAAGGAUACGUACUGGCUCCCCAACUCGAACAUCCCAGAUCACCAAUGA